CUCUCACCUGUGCAGAAACAUUGCCAGCAGUGUUGAUAGCACCUAUGACUAUCCGGAAGGUUACUGAAACACAAAUGAAAGAGAGAGCUCCUCACUUUUUGCAAGCAGAAAGGCAAAACAACUUUUUUCUGCCCCUCUCACGGGCACCAUAUCUUUCUCUUUCUCUAGAUUACCCUCCCAGCAUAAAUUUACCUCUUCACCAAUUUACCCCUUCCCCAGUGUACAGAACACAUGCUUCUGUAUAUAAAAGUUUGAAGAGUAAGGGGUGGUUGUCAUUAUAAUGCAACAUUGAGUUAUUUAAGUUCCAUUUAGAGAGGUGAAGAUAGUUAAAUUUAGCUGACAGUUCGAAGGGAAAUGGCACUAGAAGCACUAUCUUCUAGUGAGUUCCUGAACUUCAUAAUCUAUGACACUAUCCCUGCAACUCCAUAUAACUGCCAUGACUCCCUAGAGACAGCAGGUUUCUUGUUAGAGAAUUUGAAACCUCAAGACCAUGGUGUUUCUGUAAAUAGCUCUUCACUAAUGACUCAACAAAGAUGUUCUAUGGGACGAGAAGCCACCAAUAGGAGGCAGAAUUUAUUAGCUGUGCAAGGAAAAAAGAAAAGAAGAAGAAAGCCAAGAGUUUGUAAGAACAGAGAAGAAGCCGAGACACAAAGGAUGACACACAUUGCUGUUGAGAGGAAUCGGAGGAAACUGAUGAACGGGUAUCUUGCCGUUUUGAGAUCUCUCAUGCCUGAAUCUUAUGUUCAAAGGGGUGACCAGGCUUCUAUAGUGGGUGGUGCCAUAGAGUUCGUGAAGGAGUUAGAGCACCUUCUGCAAUCCCUUGAAGCCAGAAAGCUCAAACUACAUCAAGGACUAACAGGACCUGAUUAUGACAUUGAAGAUGCUACUGAAACCUCAGAGUUUCCACCACCACCCUUCGCACAGUUUUUUGUGUAUCCUCAAUACACUUGGUCUCAAAUCCCUAACAAGUUUACGUCAAAAACCAAAGCAUCCAUAGCCGAUAUUGAGGUCAAUUUGAUUGAAACCCAUGCAAAUCUGCGGAUUCUCUCAAGAAGAAGCCCCAGACAACUUUCAAAGCUAGUUGCUGGAUUUCAAACACUUUACCUCACUGUCCUUCACAUCAAUGUGACCACCAUGGACCCCUUGGUUCUAUACUCAAUCAGUGCCAAGCUUGAAGAAGGAUGCCAACUCACCUCGGUAGAUGACAUAGCAGGAGCAGUCCACCACAUGCUUCGAAUAAUUGAGGAAGCAACUGCCCUGUGUUGAUCAGUCAAGUCAUUUAUCUAUCCAAAAUGCCCAUUGGUGGACGACAAAAUCACCAUAAUGCCACCCACUUUUGUCUCUUGUGAUGAAGUUCCACGUCUUCCUUCUUGGGCUUUUCAGUGCAUCUUCAGUGUAGUUGGACACUUGUGCUUCGUAAGUUGUAAUGUUUUUUUUUGUUUUUUUAACAGUUCAUGAGGGCUAAAACUUUAAAAGUGUAUUUUCAAACAGAAGGAAAAUGGAAGGAGAGAGAUAAUGGGAUUUGAGAGUCUAGCCAUGUUUGCAACAAUCUGGCAUGUGAAGGUAUCUGUUUCAAGGACUGAAAAUGUGAAGCAUAUGACUCUUUUCUUUCUUUCUUUAA